CAAAAUGGCGGACGGAAUGAAGAUAUUACUUUCGUUUUCUCUAAAAAUAUCAUUGUUUUGAGGCCUUGAUUUUCAAAAUAAGGUCUAAUUAAGGAGGUUUUGGGCUAUAAUAUCAUAGGGAAUUUAAAGAAUCAAUCAUUUUAGGGGAUUAAAGAUUAACUUGUCUCUUCAGUGGCCCAAAAAUGAAGCCGCAAGUUCUUUGGUCACCACAUUCUCCAGACAGGUUCAUCACGUUUGGCAAGGAUAUACGUCUGUACAAGUCUGUAACUAGUCAGGAGAAUUCUCGUGGACAAGUACUACAGCUAUCAGAUAAAAGCCAUGCUUUGCUGUCAUCUGUCAUUAAUGAUGACCAGCUACUCAAGUGUAUUGCUUGGUAUCCACACACUGAGCCUGACGACUUGCUUGCUAUUGGUCAGUCAAAUGGUAGAGUCAUAGUUACAAGUUUCGCUAAUGAAAACAUUCAAUCUGAUUGUGGGUUAAGAAGAGAAUUCGUGCCAAGGCAUCCCAGACAAUGUAAUAGUCUUGCAUGGAAUCCAGUAGCAAGCAACCUGCUUGCAGCUGGUCUAGAUAAAGUGAGAAAUGACGUAUCUCUGAUGGUGUGGGAUAUAAAUGUACAACUUACUGUUAGGGACAUAUCAGGACAAGAAAAACCAAGUCGACAUUCAACAGUACAAAGUGGCAAACAGUCACCAAUCAUGGGACCUGGUAUAUCUGAAUCUACUACUAUAGGAAACAGACCCCUUGCUGAACUAGCCACUUCAGAGCCAACCCUUUCCUUGGCUUGGUUUCCUCGUGAGCAUAAUUGCUUGAUUGCCGGACAAGCACAAAAGUAUCUACGAGUAUUUGAUCUCAGAGACACAAGCAAACCCCACAGUGCUGCUGUUACAAAGGCUGUCUAUGGAGUUUCAGUUGAUCCACACAUUGAACACAGAGUUGCUUCUUUCUCAGAGGGUCCUCCAGGAAUAGUCUGUAUUUGGGACAUCAGAAAUUUUGAAAAACCAUUGAUGACCCUAGCACAGCCUAGUAAUAUCAUAACUAACCUUGCCUGGAGUCCCACAAGGUUUGGACUGCUCUCUACCAUUGCGAGGGAUAGUUCUGUAGUACAGCUGUAUGAUAUUCAACAUGCACAGUUAGGUUCAUCAGCAUAUAACAGCUAUGAGUUGGAUGCCUCAGUGAUUGAAAGAAGUGCAAAGUCUUCCAAGACUGACAUUUCAUCUUUUUCAUGGCAUCCAACACAUGAGAAUAGAAUGCUGACUAUAUCAUCUAAUGGUUCUCUUUCAGACUUCACUAUUUUUGAGAGGAUUUCAGUGGCAUGGUCUCCUAGUUCUCAACUCACUUUUGGCUGUGGAAAACACUUACUUGACUGCACUCAGGAUCCACCAGAACCUCUAUCAGAUGAGGAAGACAUCUCUUUCCUGAUGAAAAAGAGAGCCAUUGCAGGAUAUGGAGUAGAUUUAAUACAGCUUGACGAAAUCUCCAAUGUCAUUCAAGAUCCCAAAGUUCUGAAGCUUUGGAGCUGGUAUCACCAAGUUGAAAGACUAAGAAACCAAGGAAAGAGGAAGGGUUUUAAUUUCUAUGGUAUCAAGACAGUGAUUUCAGGAGAAACAAGUCAAGGAGGGGUAUGCUCUAAGAGCAAGAUUGAACAGUCCUAUCAGGAACAACGGCUCAGAGCAAAAGUAUACUGCAGUGAAGAGAGGCAAACUGCCCUAUCCCUUUGUGGCUGGGACUUUGGCGAAGUUAAUGGAACCCUGGCUGACUUUUUAAAACAGCUUCAAAUGAAGGGCAUGUAUGAGAGAGCAGCAACAAUAGCAUUAUUUAACAAUGACAUUCGACAAGCCAUUGAUAUCUUGAGUGCAGCUUCAAAAGCUGCAACCACUAAUCCAAACCAUAACUCAAAAGUUCCAGGGAUGGUGUUUAACAUGGUUGCCAUGGCACUGUCAGGAUACACAGUUGAAAAAGAGGCUUUAUGGAGGCAGAUGUGUAGGAAACUAUGCAGUGAGAUUGAAAGUCCUUAUCUUAGAGCUGCAUUUACAUUCUUAACAACAGAAGAUGGAAAUUUUGACAACAUAUUGAAUGAAUCCAGGAUAGAAGUUGAAGACAGGGUUGCCUUUGCAUGUAAAUUCCUCCCAGAUAACAAGCUGGCAAGCUACAUCAAUAAUUUGACUGCUAAAAUGAUUGAAAAAGGAGAUCUGAAUGGGAUACUCUUAACUGGUAUGACUCAGGAUUGUGUUGAUCUGUUAGAGAAAUAUGUCAAUAGAACAACAGAUAUACAGACUGCAAGUCUAAUUAUAAUCAACUCAUCACCAAACAUUCCACCUGAGAUAGCAAAAGAUUCAAGAGUUAAUACUUGGAUACAAAGCUAUAGAAAUUUGUUGGACAUGUGGCGACUGUGGCAUCAAAGAGCAAAACUAGAUAUUCACUACUCAUUGAGGGAUAAUUCUCUCAAGCCUCCACAACAAGUCUUUGUUACCUGUAAUUUCUGUGGAAAUUCUAUUCUCUCUUCUUCUGGUCCCUCAGAUUCAAGACCAAGAAAAAUUGCACAGUAUAAUAAUCCUUCCAACAGACCAAAGGUAAUGGGCUGCCCUGGGUGUCGCAAGCCACUUCCAAGAUGUUCUCUUUGUCUAGUUCACAUGGGUACACCAUCAACUCUACCACAGAAACCUCCAAAUAUUGAUCUGAAUGCUGAAAAACCAAAGACUGUCAGAAGCAUUAACCAGUUUUCCAACUGGUUCACUUGGUGCCAGUCGUGUCGUCAUGGAGGACAUGCCAACCAUAUUAUAGACUGGUUUAGGGAACAUUCAGAGUGUCCUGUUACAUCAUGUCCAUGCCACUGUAUGAAGCUAGACUCUGUUGCUAUGGCAACACCAACUGAGGGGGCAGAUAGUACGAAAUCCAGUCCAGUAUUAAGCACCAAAGAAAAACAGCCCAGCCUCACUCAACAUUAAUGUCGAAAACUCGCAAAACGACAAUAACAUCAACAAGAUUACGAAAAAUUAACACAUCAUUCAAAAGAUUUCUUGUGGAGGGAAUAAAAUAACUAGAAUGAAAUAAUCAUUAUAAUUGCAAAUUCAUAAUUUUGUAAAGAAGUGUACAUAAUAUGAUGGUUUUUAGAAAAUAGAAAAUAACAUUCCUGAAAAGCUAUUAAAAAAUUUUUGCAAGGGCAAAAGAAUAGUUUGU